AUGCAACCACACCGUGUGCUACAGUACGUAGCGGAGGUUGGCCAAACACAAACCAACCACAAACCAACCACAAACCAACAACAAACCAACAAUACACUGCCAAGCGUCCGUCCCAAACUCACAUCUUUGAUCCAGCCGCAAGCCGAUACUGGUUUACGGACAACUCUGACGGCGGUCUGCCGGACGAGUUCGAGGGUAGGAGACGGUCUCUUCCACGCUUCCGCUGCGCCUGUCGGCCGCAAUGACAGCUCACUGGCUGGAGUCGUUUUCGGAAGCAGCCACGGCCUCGACGGCGAAAUCAACAUGACUCUCUAUUCGACGCCGCCGGCGGUGAGGGACUUCAGCGAGGUCAAGCCGACGCUGCUUGUGGCCUGGUGGGCGACUCUGUUCUGCACUUGCCUCAUCCUGCUGCGCCUUGCGGGACGAUACAUUCGGGUCGAGCGGCUCUUCCCCGAGGACAAAAUCAUGGCCUUGGCUCUCGUGCCCCUCUACGGCCGCAUCGCUUGCGUUCACGUCGUCCUGCUCUACGGCACCAACAAUGCCGACCUGGCCCAUCUGCCUCUUGCUUCCGACCAGAUUUCGCGCCGCGUGACGGCAAGCAAGUUGAUCCUGGCGGGGAGGGUAUUUUACGCCGCAACAUUAUGGACUCUCAAGCUGACGACGCUCGCCUUUCUCGCUCGGCUGGCGGGCGCCUCGAUGAAGCAGGUCUACCAACGGCUCGUCGUUUUCCUCCGCCUCAUGUUGGCCGCGACCUUUCUCGCCGUUGUCGUCAGCGCUCUUGCCGAGUGUCAACCUUUCUCGCACGCCUGGCAGGUCCUCCCUGAUCCGGGACCGAAGUGCCGCCAGGGAUUUGCCCAUCUUCUUACCGUGGGGAUCUGCAGCGCCGUCAUGGACGCCGUCCUCGUCAUUUUCCCCGUGCCCAUCAUCAUGUCGACCCGGAUUCCGACGAAGCGCAAGAUCCUUCUGGUCAUGCUGUUCUGCUUCGGCUUCCUUGCCGUCGCCGUCACCCUAUGCAGGAUUCCCCAGAUCAUCAAGCAGCAUGGCGACCAGGUGACGCGGACCAUGUGGGCGUCCGUCGAGCUCCUGGCGGCAACCACCGUGGCCAAUCUCGUCGCCCUCGGCUCCUUUCUGCGCGACAGCGGGGCGAGGAAGACCAAGUUCCGGCCCGACCAUCGCAGCAGCGGCACAGCCUCAUGGCGGCAGGUCGAGGGCACCACGAAGAGCUGGUACGAGAACCUGCAACCCAGCGCCGCGCAUCCGCAGGCACUCGCAGCUGCACAUCGACACCCAUCGUCCGACGACAGGGUUCCCAGUCCGACGGAGAGCCAUGACUCGCUGCUGCAGCAUGGCAAACGGGCAUCAUUCGCUCGAGCUGCCGAUGUGUCGGAGCCCACACAGCCCAGUCCAGUCUUGUCCGCCGGCAGGGUGGGCCUAUGGUUGCAUCGCCGACUCAACGCCGACGGCCGGAACGCUAGAGACGAGGAUGAAAGCCAACACGAACAUGGCCAUGGCAAACGCAGCUUCAUCUUCAUGCGAGCCAUGAUGGCCAAGACUCGUUGGUCGGUCGGCCGGGCGUGA